AUGCCAAAGCCAAUUUUUGUUCUCCUUCAUGGCGCAUGGCACAGCCCACAGUGUUGGCACCACCUUGUUUCUGAGCUUGGUCGUGAAGGUUUUGAAAGCGUUACGCCGUCUCUCCCUUCAUCUGGUUCCGAUCCUCCUACACUAGAUUGGUCCCAGGAUGUUCAGAAAAUUCGGCAAACGAUCUCAGAACUCGUUCGAGACCGAGAUGUAGUUGUGGUCAUGCACAGUUUCAGUGGAAUGACAGGAGGCACCGCUCUCGAAGGCCUUGACAAAGCAAGUUGUGCUGGCAAAGGUCUUUUUGGGGGCGUCGUGAAGCUUGUAUACAUUGCUGCAUUCAUUGUACCAGAGGGAUUUCAGCACUCGCCCCAAGGUACGCGAAACAAUAUGGUUCCGGAAAUGAAAACAGACCUGGAGUCUGGUAUUGUCACCGUUCGCGAAGAAGACGCGAAGAAUAUGUUCUAUCAAGACAUCGAUGACGGAUCUGUUGCUGAACUGGUGCGAGAUCUUCGUCCGCAAAGCCUUGGUUCUUUUUGGAGCAUAACGACAUUUGCCGCCUGGCGUUUUAUCGCGACAACAUACAUUCUAUGCACAAGUGAUAGACCUAGUACAGUUGCUGCUGCGGAGUACCUUAUCGAGACUGCAAAAGCCAGCGGCCAACAUCGGAUCGAGAAAGUCAUUGCGGUUGAUUGUGGCCAUUCCCCAUUUAUUAGCAGGCCGCAAUGGCUUUGCAGGACUCUCAUUGAAGAAUCGAUCGGUUGCACUCAAUUGCGACAAGAAUGA